CAAUCUAGUUAAGUACUUAGCAUAUUCUACCUUUAUUUUAGUUUAAUUAAAUAAACAACAAUAAUAAUCAAUGAAUUAAUAUUAAUAUUAAGAUGAUUCAAUAAAUCAUCAUUUCACCCAAAAAAAAAAAAAAACCAGCUUAACUGCUUAAUGUAAGAGAGAGAAAAUAAGAACAAACAGUAAAGAGAUCCCCAUUUCUCAAUUCUAGGGUUUCAGAGAGCUCAGACACACACAACCAUGGAUGCCUCAGCUGCACAACCCUCCGACACCGACAUGAUGGAUGCCGCCGGAGCUCCGCCGGAAAAUCACCCUCCGCCGUCGUCCGAUCAAUCGCAGCCGCCGCAGCAACCGCCGCAACAGCAGCAGCAGGUUAGUAUUCCGGCGACACUUAGCCAUGGCGGAAAGUUUAUACAAUACAACAUUUUCGGGAACAUCUUUGAGGUUACUGCUAAGUAUAAGCCCCCUAUUAUGCCUAUUGGAAAAGGCGCUUAUGGAAUUGUUUGUUCGUCGUUGAAUUCGGAUACGAAUGAGCAUGUGGCGAUUAAGAAGAUUGCGAAUGCGUUUGAUAAUAAAGUGGAUGCUAAGAGGACUUUGCGUGAGAUCAAGCUUCUUAGGCAUAUGGAUCAUGAAAACGUUGUUGCAAUUAGAGACAUUAUACCACCUCCUCGAAGGGAGGCAUUUAAUGAUGUAUAUAUUGCAUAUGAACUGAUGGACACUGAUCUUCAUCAAAUCAUCCGUUCAAACCAGGGAUUAUCAGAAGAGCAUUGUCAGUACUUUCUCUACCAGAUAUUACGUGGAUUGAAGUACAUUCAUUCUGCCAAUGUUCUUCACCGGGAUCUAAAGCCUAGCAAUCUCUUGCUUAAUGCCAACUGUGAUUUAAAAAUCUGUGAUUUUGGACUAGCUCGAGUAACAUCAGAGACUGACUUUAUGACUGAAUAUGUUGUGACAAGAUGGUACCGAGCACCAGAGUUAUUAUUGAAUUCUUCAGAUUAUACAGCUGCUAUCGAUGUAUGGUCAGUAGGCUGUAUAUUUAUGGAGUUGAUGGACCGUAAGCCUCUAUUUCCAGGCAGAGAUCAUGUGCACCAGUUACGCCUGCUCAUGGAGCUGAUUGGCACCCCUUCAGAACAUGAGCUAGGAUUUCUUAAUGAAAAUGCUAAAAGAUAUAUUCGUCAGCUCCCUCCAUUUAGAAGGCAGUCAUUAUCUGAGAAGUUUCCACAUGUACAUCCAGCAGCUAUUGAUCUUAUUGAGAAGAUGUUGACAUUUGACCCCAGACAGAGAAUAACAGUUGAAGAUGCACUAGCACAUCAUUACCUGAACUCGCUGCAUGACAUCAGUGACGAGCCAAUAUGCAUGUCUCCCUUUUGCUUUGAUUUUGAGCAACAUGCUUUGUCGGAGGAGCAGAUGAGGGAAUUGAUCUAUCGCGAGGCUCUUGCAUUUAAUCCUGAAUUUCAACAGGAGUGAAAUCCUGGUUACGGCAUUGCAAUGGCUAACUUUCUAUAUGGUCCUGUCAAUCUGUCAUCUUUCCUUUCUGUACAUAUAAUGUCCUGUCCAGAAUUGGAUGGAUUUGUGUUUUAGAAUUUUACUCCGCAUAAUUCAGGGCAUUUAUGAUGAAAAUGUUGUUUGUAUGAGUGUAAUUUAUUUUUUUCUUUUAAAUUCCGAGGGCCUUGAAAGCUUAUAGCUUCUUGUAAACAUUGUGUUGGCCAUUUGCUUUUUAAUUUUUUUUCUUUUCGUACCCAUUAAUUGUAUUAGAUGUUUGUUUUGAAAAACAAGGCUAAUACAGCCAAUUAAUCUCAAUAUUUCCACCCUAA